GAAAUCCGUUAUUCUGGUGUCAGUUCUCUCUCGCACAUACAGCGUUAUUCUGCAUUCUCGUGAAAUGAGGAGGCGUUGCAAAUUAAAUCGCGUCACUACACAAUGCGCCAUCCCAUUGGUCAAGUGAAAACUAUUUGGAAGUUUCGAUUGGUUGAGAAUUCAAGGUCAAAGACCAAAUCAUGUCGGUGGUGAACGUGACAUAACUAAGGACGAAUGGAAACUACUCGAAUGGCUGUUUUCUGGAAUUAACGUAGUUUACUUACGUAAUAAUUUUAUUCAGUGACAAUUCUUGUACGUCGCAGCUAUGAGUACAAGUUCAUAUUUAGAUUAAUUCAGUAAACCGUAACUUGUGUUUUUUUGCGAGCAGAGAAACUGACAUGACAGUCACACAGCACAUCAUUUGAUACUGAAACGUGUUUUUGUUCGUACCUAGAACCUACACGUUAAGAGCGGUUUGAAUUGAAAUCGCGAAGUGAAUACUUGCACUGGCUGUAGUAGGGAACAAUGCUGUGCACGUGGCGACCCGCGGCGCGCGCUCUCCCUCUGCGGUCUCGUGUCUCCCGCGGUGGACCAUCGGAGCGGUCAGCCGUGCUCCAGCCCACCAAAAACGUCCAUUUCCGAAAACUGACCACAAUGGCCGCCUGGGUGAUCGAUAAAUACGGUAGUAACGAAGUGCUGGAGUUCAGGGAGGAUAAUCGACGCCCCAGCGUGUGCACUUCCGCUGAGGUGCUGCUCAAGGUGCACGCGGCCGCUCUCAACCCUGUAGACGUGGCCAUGAGAGGAGGGUAUGGAUCCACCCUGCUAGGUGUGAGGCGAGAUGCCCUGAGCUUGGGGUGGAUGGGCGGUGAGUUCCCCCUGGUCCUCGGGCGGGACGCCUCCGGUGUGGUGGUGGAAUGUGGGUCAGGUGUGACCCACUUCCAGCCAGGAGAUGAGGUGUGGGCGGCCAUUCCUCCGUGGAAACAAGGUAGUCUGGCAGAGUUUGUAGUCCUGAGUGAGAGUGAGGUUUCCCACAAGCCCAAAUCUCUGAGUCACACACAAGCGGCAUCGAUUCCCUACGUGGCGUCAACCGUCUGGUCGGCCCUCGUAGUGACUGCCGGCCUCAACAAGGACAGUUGCUCAGGGAAACGUGUUCUGAUAGUUGGAGCAUCUGGGGGAAUUGGAAUAUUGGCCAUCCAGCUCAUGAAGGUCUGGGGUGCCCAUGUGACUGCCACAUGCUCUCGGAGUGCUGAAGGGCUGGUGAGAAGUUUGGGUGCUGACCAUGUAGUGGACUAUACAUCAGGGGACACAAAGGCACAGCUGGAGACUUUGGAGAAGUUUGACGUGGUCCUUGAUAAUGUUGGUGGAGACACGGAGGACUGGGCAGUGACCCUCCUGAGACCCUGGGCGGGGGCUAAGUACAUCACCCUGGUGACGCCUUUCCUGCUGAACCUAGACAAGCUGGGCUUGGCUGAAGGCACAGUGCAAACUGGACUCACUGCCGGCAGCAAGGCGCUAAAGAAUCUCUGCGAUAAGGGUGUUCAUUACCGCUGGGCUUUUUUUGCCCCAAAUGGAGCUGCCCUGGACCAAAUCGCAGACAUGGUGGAUGAAGAGCAGGUGCGACCAGUCGUCGAAGCAGAGUUUUCUUUCUCUAAGGUAGCCCAAGCUUUCCAGAAGGUGGAGCAGGGUCAUGCCCGAGGAAAGACUGUGAUCAACAUUGUGGCUGAAGACCACCCCCAGUAGCUCAGUCGUCGUCUCCAAAGGACACGAGGCCAAACUUCCGCAGAUCAACAGCAAACUGGACAUUUUAGGAACAUCUCAGUCACACGUGAAUCCCUGGACUUUUAGUGAAGCAAGCAUGUAUUACAGAAGUGUUGAAGAUGCGUUUAGCAGAAACCCAAAGAUUGUAUGUACUGUAUGUGCAUACAUAAAUACAGUUCUCUGCUCAUGGGUGAAAGGUUUGUUGCAGUGACAAGUGUUUUUUGUUCUUUAAGGUUCUCAGCAUGUAGACAUCAAGUACAAUAAACAGAUGAAUUAAGUCUGUGUUAAUGUUAUAGCAAC